GGGCGUCUGCCUCUUCUUCGUCGCGUGCGCUUCUCAGAAUGUCGCUUGGAUGGGUCGCCUCUCCUGCGAGCGAGGACAGCAAGAAUAGUCCGUUCCCCAUCGCGUCGCCGUUAAUCGCCCACCUUCCUCUUCGGGGCCCGUGGACACUCCCUAUAAUCCCAGUCAACACACGGCGCCGCCUGUUAUGUCCCUUCCGUUGCGGAUGUGAGAGAAAACGAGGUCCGAUGCGCCCACCGGCUGCGCGCGCCCCAUCUCCGAACCCGUUAGCAAUGCCCUGGUCGAGGGCGCGCUGACGUCCGACACAAUGCUCAUCGCCCGCGCUGCCCGUGGAAGGCGACGUGGACCGAGGACUGGGGUCGUCCCCAUCCUCCCGGCAGAUUUCACCCGGCGGGGCCCAUCGACCCACCCCAAACGUCUUCUUUGCUGACAAGCGACCAAAGCACGUUCGGGCACCGCUCUGGAUUCCUGUUCCCCACCAUCGUCGGGGUUCCUCGCUUCUCACGGGCUCUGUCGGAACAGUGAGCCAGGCGCGAGUGAGGGAGCGCAUGCGGCUUGAUCAGCAUUGCCUUGCUUCCAGCGUCGCCUGGAAGUAUUCGGUGUCCACUUUCGACCUCUUUCGACGCACCGAGUCCCCCGUCGGCUCGCGAUCGCCGGCCCGAUCACCAGCCCUGACGGACAGACCCUCCUCGUUGGCCGCAGACGACCCGACCCCCGGCUACACUUAUCUCGCGUUGGGCGCGCGAAUAUUUCGUCCUCGGCCGGCAAAGCAGACCAACCUCAUCCAUCAGGCGGGGCCAAUGCUCAAAAAUGAGGGUGUGUGCGCCUUUCGAUGGUCAUCUCACACCUUGACUGGCACCCCCUUACAACCGGGCGGUGACCCUCGACUGAAAACAUACUCACAACACCCAAAAUCCACUCGAUGCCGACGCUAUUCUACGUACAGGGCGCGCCCGUGGGCGUCGUCGCGACCAUGGUCGGCCUUCUCGCUUCGGUCGGCGGUCUCGUCUUCGGUUACGAUACCGGACAGAUCUCCGACAUUCUCCUCCUCGACGACUUCAAGCAACGCUUCGCCAUCUGCACAGAUCCGACCGAUGUCUCGACCUGCGCCUUUUCCAAGGUCAGAUCCGGCGCAAUCGUCGGUUUCUUCUCGGUUGGCACAUUUUUCGGCUCCUUUGGCGCUGCCUACGUCUCGGAUUUUCUCGGACGGAGAAGAACGAUGAUGCUCGCCUGUCUCGUAUAUAUGGUCGGCCUCAUCAUCCAGCUAUCUGCUUCGCACGCAUGGGUACAAUACGCGAUGGGUCGUAUGGUUGGUGGUUUUGGCGUCGGCACUCUCAGCGUCGUCGUUCCGAUGUACCAGGGCGAAAUGUCAUUACCACAAAUUCGAGGCACCGUCACCGCCAUGUAUCAGCUCUUCGUCACCUUCGGCAUCUUGCUUGCCAAUUGUGUCAGCAUUGGAGCUCGUUCGAUCGACUCCUCAGGCUCUUGGCGCACCAUUGUCGGCCUCGGUUUGAUUUGGCCGCUUACCCUCAUCUCCGGCAUGAUCUUCAUGCCUGAAAGCCCACGUUGGCUCACCGGCAAAGGUCGUAUGGAUGACGCCCGCGUCGCGCUAGCGCGCGUACGUGCCAUUCCUGCUGCAAAUGCGGAUCAGGACGAGACCAUUGCCCGCGAAAUGGAUGCCGUCAUCGCUCAGGCUGAAGCCGAGAAGGGAAUGACCGCUGGCUGGCUCGACUGCUUCAAGCCCGGGCAGAAGACGCUCUACAGGACCAUCCUCGGCAUGGCUCUGCAGUCGUUCCAGCAACUCACCGGUGCCAACUACUUCUUCUACUUCGGCGCCACCAUCUUCCAAUCCGUCGGCAUCUCCGACUCGUUCGUCACCCAGAUCGUCCUCGGCGCCGUCAACUUCGUCUGCACGUUCGGCGGGCUUUACGUUCUCGGCCAUUUCGGUCGUCGUUGGCCUCUUAUUAUCGGCGGCCUCUGGCAGUCGGCCUGGCUUUUCGUCUUCGCCGCCGUCGGCACCGCAAGAGACCCCACCAGCGACCAACAAAUCGGUAGCGUUAUGGUCGCCAGCGCGUGCAUGUUCAUUCUCGGCUUCGCUACCACCUGGGCCCCUGGAACGUGGGUAGUCAUUGGCGAGUCCUUCGGCCCUCGUACUCGCGCCAAGCAAUCUGCACUCGCGACGGGCUCCAAUUGGUUCUGGAACUUCCUCAUCUCCUUCUUCACCCCUUACAUCUCUGGCUCCAUCGGCUACGCCUAUGGCUUCGUCUUUGCCGGAUGCAACCUUGCCGCCGCCCUCGCCGUCUCCCUCUUCUCCUAUGAGAGCAGCGAGCUCACGCUCGAGGCCGUCGACAUGAUGUACAACGACCCCAACUGCAAGCCCUGGACGUCCCACCGCUGGGCACCGCCAGGCUUCAACACGCGGCAGGAAUUCACCGCUGCUGAGGCGUCCGGCCACAAGUCCGGUGUCGAUGUGGCACAUCACGAGCACAAAAUACUCACCGAGCACUCGCCCGCAGGCUCGGAUGCGCACCUUCGCACUCACGCCGUAUAGACUCGAAACCACGAAUAGGGCGAAAAGUACAGGCGAUGUAUCAUUAGUAAUGGAUAGAAUAAUGUAAUCAUCUCAAAUUCCACUCAAACCUUCG